AUGGAAGAUCAGGUCUUUACCAAUGUUUAUCAAAAUGCUAACACCACCAGUAUCUAUGGGAUUCCACGCUCUCAGGAUGACAAAGGGUAUAAUCUUUAUGAUCAUCUCCAGGAAGAUCCAGCGUCUCCUUCUUCUAUUGCUACUAUGCCAGAGAGCAUGGACUGUGGUCAGGAUUACUCAGAGGAUAGCUGUAGUAAUUCUGUGAUCUCUCAGCAUGGAGCUGAUCUAGAGGAUAGUUCUUCUUCAUCUCAUCAUGGUGCUGAAGAUCACCACCAGGAGAUGGAUCUGAUGAGCCCAACUCUGAAAGAGAAGCACUUAGAGGGCAUGAUUGAGAACAUGUAUUUUCCUCCAGGUUUCCAACUGCGUCGGAGCCAGAGCACACAUUCCAACUCUUCAGCUUCUUUCAAGUUCCCCGUUAACAAUAACUUUGGAGAAACCGACAACUUUGUGGAAGAUAGUGAGAUUUUCCUGUUUGUAAAGGCUGGUAUAGAUGGAGAAAGCAUUGGGAACUGCCCGUUCUCCCAGCGUCUCUUCAUGAUCCUGUGGCUCAAAGGGGUUGUGUUCAACGUCACCACUGUUGAUCUGAAAAGAAAGCCAGCCGACCUACACAAUCUGGCUCCUGGGACCCACCCACCUUUCUUGACUUUUAAUGGAGAAGUCAAGACAGAUGUUAACAAGAUUGAGGAAUUCUUGGAAGAGACUCUUGCACCUCCAAAGUACCCCAAGCUGGCUGCUAAGCAUCGGGAAUCAAACACUGCUGGGAUUGAUAUCUUUUCCAAAUUUUCUGCAUACAUCAAAAAUACCAAGCAGCAGGAUAAUGCUGCCCUUGAAAGAGGCUUGGUGAAGGCUCUGAAGAAGCUGGAUGACUAUCUGAGAAAUCCUCUGCCAGAGGAGAUUGAUGCAAACAGCACUGAAGAGGAGAAAAUCUCAAAACGCAAGUUUCUGGAUGGAGAUGACCUCACUCUUGCUGACUGCAACCUUCUGCCCAAACUCCAUGUUGUCAAGAUUGUUGCAAAGAAAUACCGCAACUUUGAGUUCCCAACAGAGAUGACGGGGCUGUGGCGGUACCUGAAGAAUGCAUACGCCAGGGAUGAAUUCACCAACACCUGUGCAGCAGACAAAGAAAUUGAGCAAGCCUAUGCAGAUGUGGCCAAGAGGCUCAACAAGUCCUAACUGACCUCAGAGGUGGCUCAGUAUCUGCUUUUACAGACUCUUCUUGUUGCCUUAAGAUAUACUUUAUCAUUAUGCUAUGUUGUUGGCAUCCCUAUGACUUCACCUGUUCCAGUGUAUUGGUCAGGGACAAACCUGCGUCUCCCCAGAGAGAAAGAGAAGGUAGCUCUACUGUAGCGAGUGGAGAAAUUUGAACCUAAGAUCUGUUUCAAGUAGUAUUAUUUGCAAUCAGUAUUGGAAAUGAAUCCACUUUACUAGUUUCUUGUUUCAUGUUGGGUGUAUAACACCACCUUUAUUCUUCAGAGUUUUAAAAAUAGGAUAUUAGCUGAAAUUUCAAGUAAGACAGUUAGCAACACUUAGAACUGGUUCUUCUGUAGUUUAUUUCAAUUACACUUUUCCCCCCAGUAUUAUUGAGAUCGCUGGGGUAGGUGCAAAAUAUGAAGGGGAGGCAGUGGGGAAGGGAAAAGGAGUUUGACCCUAAAAGACAAAUGCUCUUAGCAGAUAAAUUUUUAAAAAAAUCUCUCUGAAUGCAUAUUUUGUUUCAGCAGGCCCAGGAGUUUAUGGGGCAUUUAUUUUUAACUUGCUGCAAGAGGGGGAAGCCUGAGUGAAUAUGUCAGACUUGCAGAUGCUGCUUUGCAUAAAGUUAACAUGAUAUUGUUGGAUCCAAAUGUUUAAAAUGAAAGAGAAUUAAUUGAGUGGCAGCCUUUGGAAGAGUGGAGCUCUUACCAAAAUGCCCAGUGGAUCUGCUAGUUAGUAGAGACAGACAGACACAGCAAUGGGGACAGUGUAUUGACUCCAGCAAACAGGGAACUGGCACAGCAAACCAAACCACGUAGGAUAUUGUCAUCUUGACUCUAUGGUUGCCAGUUCCUUUAUAAUCACUCUCUUGGGAAACUGCACAUGAAUUCCAGGCAGGGGAAGUGCUUUCUUCACAUUGGGCUUGAGAUUGGUCACUUUCAAGUACACAUUUCACCCCAGGAGAAAUUUGCUCUGAGAGCCUCAAAGAGGGAAGGCUAAAAGAAAGAGGCAUAUUUCCAGGCAGAAAUUCAUCAAGUGUGCAGCAUGGUGAAAUCCAUGCAUGAUGACUUAGUCCCACUCAUCCAGGGUUUAUCAAUCUGAGUUACAUGAUUCUGAAUUAGAAUUGUUUUCUGAAACUGAUGAUUUUGUUCCAUCUGUAGCGUCUGCCUGACACAAUUUGCCUUAUUCUGGUGAUUAUUUGUGUGUUAUUUUAGUGACUUCAGAAUGGUAUCUCUUUUGCAUGAAACUCACAUGGCCUGAUACAUACAACAGCGCACAUGGCUCUUGAUUUUCAGUUUGGGGAGAUUUAUUCUUGUUUUCAAUGAUAAAAUAAAGCUGAGCUGUUACCCAGUGUGUCUCUCCUGAUCAGAGCUGCUAGUGCUGCACUGAUUGGAGGGAAACUUCAAGCUGUGACCAAGGCAAACCUAACAUCAGGCUUGUGUGCAGCCAAAGAGCUAGAGGACUGGAGACAGCAUUGAAAGCCAGCCUCUGGCAUGCGAUGCUGAUGACAAUCUGAAGCCAUCCUGUUGCUUUGGUGAGAUUAUUCCACUUUUCACACUAAUCCAACUGGGAGAAGAAUGUUGCUUGUUGACUGGGAAGAUCUUUUGUGGUUGACUAUUGUUUUGCAUGCAAUGGUCAAUUUGUUCUGAAGUUUCAAAACCUUGGAAGAAAAUCCAGGAAAUCUGAAGUCUUCUGUAAUGGGCUAUUCUAAUAAUGGUUAAACUGGAGGGCAAAGGCUCACACCCUUUAACAUAUUGCUGAGAAAUCAGCUGGCUCAGAGAACAUUAGUAGCAUCCAAAAAAAAAAUCUAAUGAGAUUAGAAGUGUCUGCACAAGCACAUAUGGCUUGUUAAAAACAUUUCUUCAUGAGAUUGGAAUUAUUUUUAAUUAUUUUUUUUUUUUGGAUAAAUGACAGCAAUUAUUUAUUUAUUUAUUUUAAUUGAUUCAGACCUUUUCAUCUGUCUUUCUGGUUAUGUUUUCACUCAGCACAAUGGUCAAGAUGGCUUUGUCUGCUUAGAAAAGUGUUAGUAGCAGUGCUUUGCAAAUUAGUUUCUAGUGAAAAGUCCUCUGAUUAAUGGUCACUGGGAUUUUCUUUCUUCCAGUAUGAUUUGCCUAGGAGCAUGCCAAUCAACUAAUCUACAUUUCUCUCAGUUGUCUUUUCUAGGUUUCUACUUAAGUUAGUGUCUUUGAUUAAUCAUAGUUGCAGUGAAUCUUUGAAUAAAGAUGCAGAGGGAGAUGCAGAUUCUUGGUUUGUGCUUAUUAGAUCUAUAUGUGCAGCAGAUCUCAAGCAAACUAAGUGAACCUGUUCAGGGUCUGAGCUGAUUUCCACCUUUGAAUUAUGUGAUUCUGUAAUGUUUCAAUAUCCCUUUCUUUAGUUUUGCUAGAAGAGAAUCAAAUAAAAAAAGUAGGGCACUACUCCACCUCCAAACAUUGUUAAUUUGGUAAAUAUUCAUUAUAUUUGAAUGUAUUUUAGAAGAAUUUCAUCUUUCGAACUUCAUACUUCAGUAAAUGUAUUUUUUUAACACUUCUUUUUCAUCCAAUUGGUUGGCCUCAGUGACCUCAAAUUGCAUCUGUUUUUCAAAAAUUAUGUUUUAAAAUGUCUGGGAAAGAAAGUUCCCAAGCCACCUUCCUUUGAAUUAGUAAUAAUAAAAAAACCCCCUUAAAUAUCUUCAUUUUCUAACAAUACCCCGAAAAAGUCUUGGUAAAGUCUGUUGAUGGAAAUGAGAAAGAAUAAGAGGAAAAUGAAAUGGUUUUCAGCUGCCCCAUCUAUUCUUUCUGAAUUCAAGUCUCUGCAUCAGAGUUUAACAUUUUACUCAUAACGCUAUUAUAGGCUGAUCCAAGAUUAUGGACAGGUUCAGGCAUUCCCUGACCUUUGUUUGGGUUUGAAAUCCAAGCUCCUGUUUUCAGAUCUGGAACUUUCUCUCACCUUUGUGCUUUUUUGGCUUUAUCUGUAGUCAGAAACAGGAAAUACUGGAAAUCCUACAUAGAAAACUGUUUUGCUAAGAUUUUGAGCUCAGUUCUCAAGACUUCAUCACCAGUGAGAUUUUAAAGGGCUCUAGACUCCUUUAGGCAAGGUGUAUGUGGUGACCUUCAAAUGUAUUUAGAAUUAUAAGUAAUAAAUAGUAAUCAUAGAGGAUUGUAUAUCUACUUUGGCAGGGCAGCAUUUCUGAAAAGAAUCUAAGUGACAAGACAGACAUUGCAGAUUUACAAUAACUUUGUUCAUAAAUUUUUUGCAAGAUGUAAAGACAGACACAGUGCGGAGGGGGAAGUAGCCAACAAUGUGGGUUUAAUCAUCUACAUUUCAGAAAUGCAGACCAAAUGUCUGUAAAGAUGUCCAUUUCAUCCAAACAUUUCUUAGAUAUUUAUUUCAAAGCUCCCUGUUCAGUCAAUCCAACACUCCAUUCAUAUUGGAACUAAUAUUGAUUUUUCUUCUAUUAGCAGUGGUAUGAGAGUGCUGGAGGAUCCCAUUUAUUAGUUACUUUUGUUCUCUGUUAGACUGUUUGAAUUCCAAGAGGUCAUCUUGCUGUACAGGUAGGAUAAAAGAAUGAUCUGUUUCAAAACUAUUUAAACAAGGGCUUGUGAUGAAACAUUUCUUUUUCCUGAUAGAACCAUAUAAUGGUAUUGUUUUGUCAGGUCUAGUGUGGAAUAUAUAGCUACAAGUAACUCUUAUGUUUGCAUCAGCUGAAAAGCUACUACCAGGGAGGAGUGACAAUCUAGAUCACAGAGAGACUAGACAUCUUUGUUUCCUAAAAGAAAGCUCAGCUGAAUUACAUGUAGUGUUUAUUUUUAAUACGUAUUUGUUUUAUUUUAACCCCUCAGCUUUCUCUCUCUCUUGUCCCUCCUCAAAUUCAACUCCAGGUUAACCACAACCAUUCUGACAGUGCUAAUUAGCUGGGUACUCAUGGAUGGGCAGACGAGGAAGGAUGUUUUAGCAUAACCCAUCCUUAUUUUGGAGUGAAGCAAAGAGAGCCCCCUGUCUGAAUCAACUGAGUUUGGAUACUUAGCUCAGUUUAAAGUAUUGCAAAAAUUUAGGCAGUGGAAAUCCCACUCAUGUAAAGCCCCAGAAGUGCGUGGAAAUGUUCACUUUUAAAAAUAAAUUGGUGUUUUAAAGAAGAAAAUAAGCCCAGUAUCUUGUGCCCUCCUUCAUGUGUGUUCUUUUAAGCAUCAGGAAUUUUGCAUUUGUUAAUUAUUCUGCUAGAUAUAUUCAUUAUUCUUGAAUAGCUUUUGAUAUUAAGAAAUAUUUUUCGAGUAAGAUUUUCUCUUUCUGCCGAAUCUUUCAUCUCUUCAUUAAUUUUGAUGUCUGCAAUGACCUAGUUAAUUCCAGAGGAGGAAGGAAAGCUGUGAAGGUUAGGUUUGUUGAGAAGUUGAAGAAGGUAAUGACUUUUUGUAGAGAAAACAGUAUUAAAAGCAUUUUUUCAAAAGGUAUCUUUUCAUCUGGGAUGCUUUAACCAAGAGCCAUAGACUGUUUAGUCUGGACUGUGAUUUUCAGUGCAGACCUGAGCAAAUAACUAUGUUUAAGGUGGCAUUGCCAAAGGACUUCCCCAGGAUGCAUAGAGAUGUUCCCUCUGUGUUAGAAAAUUUCCCAUUUCCUUGAUUAGGAGGCAUCUGCUGGUUUGUAAGGGAGUUGAGCUAUGACAGCCCACUAUCUGACUGCUAGGCAAUCAAAAGAAAGGUUCUGUUCCAUUCUUUUCCCUUCUAGCUCAUCUGCAAGGAAAGCAAAGAGCAUUAAUAUGUUUGAUUUUCUUGUGCUGUGUCCCAAGCAACACUCCAGUCCUAGGAAAGCAGAGAAACACUGUUCAAUGAGGGUUUUGAAGUCUUGAUCAGUCUGUGUUUUAAUAUGUGACACAUAAGUCUGAAGAGCCCCAUGUAACUCCUCAGGCAUUCACCAUGCAGCUUUACAGGACCCAGCAGAGUCUCAGAGACCACAGCAAUCCUGUUAUUCCCCUGCUGCCCCAAGUCAUUCCCCUUUCGCCAUUCAUUGGGGCGAUGCUAAAGCUGAAAAGACUCCAGAGGAUGCACUUGAAUGUGGUGUGUUUUGAGCUGUGCUCAUCAGCUAAAGAGCUCUGAAUGACAACAUUGUGGUGGCUCAGUGGGUCAUGCCUCUGCUGCUGCGUGGCCAGCCUGUGGCUGGCGGGAGGGCAGUGCUGGGACAGGACAGCCACGGGGAAAGGUUUUAAUGCUGGGCUACCUCUUCCUCUCCAGCCUGUCUCUCUAGCUGAAGUGUGUUAGCAACUCAGCUGGGGCCAUGAUCCAGUGCUAAUGAGCACUUUUAGCUUGCAGCAUGUGAAUAGACUACUCGUGUUUAAUGUUAAACAUGUGCUUGCCUGCUUGCCUGGAGAGGGGCCUAAAAGUCAUGACAAAAAAGCCUAUAUUAAUGAAGGGCAUUUAUUAUUCUCUCUCUUUGAAAUCUGGUGGCAGAAUUCCCAGUGGGGGAAUUCCCAAUAGGAAUUCCCAGUAGAGCCCAAGGCUACAUAAGCAUGAAGAUGUUUCAAGUAUGAAGAUGUCCUUAGAGAACAGAAAACUCUGAAGGAGAAAAGGAAGGAGCAGUGAUAUAUAGGGUCUUACUACAGAAGCAGGACACCAAUUCUGUCCCAAUAGUAGCUGUAGGGACACCACCAGUGCUGCCAGGCUCCAUUCUGGUGUAUCAUGGGAGGUUCAGAGCAAAGCUGGGACCGGGCCACACUGGCAGGGGAAUGCCAAGGCAUGUUCUGCUGUAUCUAUAACCACACUCCCUAUGGUGGUAUCCCACAGUAUAACUAUGCUUCCAUUGUGUCUGCCUCACUCUUAUUAUGAAGUGACUUGUUUAAAGAAAACUAAGAAGGGUGGGGGAUUUUUUUUUUUAUAUAUAUAUACACAAACUAAAAACAAUCCAAAUAUGCUUUAAUGGUUCUCAACAUGAUACUGUCAGUUCUCACCACAGGGUGGAAUUAGUUGGUGGAAAUUAAAUUAAAUUAAAUUAAAACAGAAAAGCUUGGCUGUUGCUAAUGGGUACCACUGGGAGCCCUAAAAGUAGUUUGCAGUGUAGAACUAUAAGAGGAAUGAACAUCCUUUAAUUCCCAGAAUCACUUGGGUUUCACAGGGUCAUUUCAGCCUAUUCUGCUGUGCUGCUGAGAAGCUGCUCUUUCCUUGUCCCCCUAGGUCUAUAAACUCACAAUAAUUUGGGAAAUGGCUAUGGGCACCACAUUAAUCUUUUUAUUUUUUUACUUCACUUUUUUCUUUCCUUUCAUUGAAUUAACUAAUUUAGUUUGGAAGUAUGCAGUAAGUAAACAGAAUUUGCAAACAACAUAUAUUCUACUUUUUCUUAAGGAAGAUUUAAAAAGCUUUUGAGAAAUAAGAGGUUAUCCCCAGCUUUUGGAACAAACUGUGGUAUGAAAUACAUGUAGAGUAUGAUUCUCGUUAAAUAAUUUAAGCAUGAAGAUUAGAGUUUAUUUUAAGGAGAAUGUUUAGGGCUAAAUGACAAGAACACUCCAGAUACUGCAAGUGGCACUUAAGAUUUAGUUCUAAUCUCCAUUGGAUUUUUUUUAAUUACUUAUUGUACAACAUAGAAAUGGAAUGUAUAUAAAUAUUCACAUAUUUAACUGCAUUGUUUAAUUCAAUAAUGCUGUAAAGUGUAUUGGGAUAAAAGGUGGCAUAAACACUUUCGAAACAACCCUAUUAUUUUUGUGCCUUUGAUUUUGUUCCUGCUGGAAAGAACAAGAACUGCACUAUUUAUUUGUGUAGAAGCAGGAUCUCAGCUUCACAGAUCCAGAUACUUUGGCAGUCUUUGUGGAGGGCAAUUUGAUAUUUAGCAAUCUGAGCCUUGCAGUGGGCACAGUGCAUUUCGGAAGGCAUCUAGGACCAUCCUUGGGUGAAUGGAAGGAGCACAGUGAAUCCCCUGUUGUGAUGAAAUGUGAUUAAGCCAUCAUGAGGUGUGGACUGGACAACCCUGAAUCAGAGACUUUUGCCUGCAGCACCGUCACUAAAUUGGUCUGACAUCGGGAACCGCAGCGUAAGAGCUCGGCUUCAUGAGUGAGUCAAAGCAGCAUCUUUGUCACCAGUCAUUUUCUAUUUAUAACAAUACAGAUCUAUUUUAUAAUCAGUGGGAGGCACAACAGGAACAAGCUUUGUUCUGCCUCAAUCAUGUUUCUUGUGCGGGUGUGU